UAACGAUUGCAAAUCCGUGUUCUCUCUCUCUCUACUAUUAUUUCCCUUCCAAAAUAUAUAAGAUUUUCUAUUCAAAAACUUUAGUGUUGAUUCUUUUUUUUUGCUUAAAUUCUCUGGCCAAAAUAUGAGCGAUCCGAAGUAUGCAUAUCCUUACCCGGCACCGGGAAAUUACCCGCAAGGUCCGCCACCGCCUGUGGGAGUACCGCCACAGUAUUACCCUCCACCACCGCCACCGCCGCCUCCACCACCACAACGAAAAGUUGGUUUUCUUGAAGGACUAUUAGCGGCUCUCUGUUGUUGCUGCUUGGUGGAUGAAUGUUGCUGCGACCCGACCAUUAUAUGCAUUGAUUAAGUUUUAAGAAAUUAAAAAUCACUCU